AUGCCUCCUGAUUUGGAGAAUCUUGGAAGACAGAUGAUGGCGAAAUGCGGUGGUCUGCCACUAGCAGUGGUAGUGCUGGGAGGAUUAUUGUCCACAAAAAGGAAGACCGUAGAGGAAUGGAGACGCGUGCUUCAAAGCAUCGACUCACGCCUGAUUGAUCAAGAUCGUCUUUCUGCAGUUUUAGCUCUAAGCUAUAAUGAUUUGCCUUUCCCCUUAAAAUCGUGUUUUCUGUAUUUGGGUAUUUUCCCUGAGGAUUCCUCUAUAUCGAAAACAAAGUUGAUACAAUUGUGGGUUGCAGAAGGAUUCUUACUACAACAAGGAGAAGAAGCCGCGGAAGGUGUUACCGAAUGCUUAAACAAGUUGGUUGAUAGGUGCAUGAUCCAGAGACUUCUCUAUCUCCAAGGGCAGAGAGGAAAGUUUCUUGAAAUUUAUAGUGGGCAGAAAUUGAAUCGCCAACAUCACAACGGACCAAAUGUCGAAGGCUUGCAAUCCAUGGAUUUCAAGUUGCUCAAGGUCCUAGAUGGUGUUCCCUUUCCAUCGCGAGCACUAAGUGCUGUAGGAAACCUAAUUCAACUGAGGUAUCUAGGAGUCGUAUUAAUGAGAUCUCAUAUGCGGCAACUUCAAGUCAAGCUUCCUCGAUCAAUUGGAAAACUGAAGAAUCUACAAACACUUAAAGUAGAAACUUCCGAUGCAGACCUCCGAUGGUGUUAUUUUCCCGAUGUUAUUUGGAAGUUGAAGAAUUUGAGACAUUUACUGCUCGGGCAAGUCAUAAUAAUGAAUUUUAGAUUGAACACCAUAAACAAUUUAACUAAUUUGCGACGACUGCAAAUAGCACUAUUAUCGCAGCCAGAACAUUUAAAGUCAGUGGUUUCCAACAUAGAGAGAUUGCACUGCCUUGAAUCCUUGUCUCUGGAUUUCAAUCUGUCCAAUUCAACAUUGCCAAGAGCCAUAAGCCUUUCUCAUUUGGAGCAUCUCUGCAAGCUCCAUUUGGAAGGGGAAAUAAAAAAGCUACCUGAUCCACACCAAUUCCCACCGAACCUCAUCAAGCUAAGUCUUUUUAAUUCUGAUCUCGAGGAAGAUUCAAUAGUUAAGCUUGGGAGCUUGCCAAACCUAAAGAUGCUUCUCUUGGGAUUGAACUCAUGGAACUGGACAAAACUGGUUUGCUCCUCCUCAGAAGGGUUUCCUCAAUUGCACAUUCUACAUUUACAAUGUUUAUGGUUUUUAGAGGAAUUGAUAGUGGAAGAAGGGGCAAUGAUGAAGCUCAAGAAUCUAAAGAUAAGCCACUGUCGAGGAUUGCGAAAGAUUCCAGAACGAUUUAAGUUAUUGACUACAUACUCUUGA